GGUGCCAGCAGCCAGACAAGAAAUCAAGUCCCUCCUAUGCAGACAUCUUUGAAUCACUCAUGCCCAUGUCUGCCUCAAUCUUUGCAAUUUCCUAUGACAGGGGGCCCCUUACCUCUUCCUUCACUUCGUAUGCCAAUUCCUGAUUCUUUGAUCACUCUUUGUGAGUUUAUGAACCACAUGGAGCAGGCAUUAUCACUCAAUGGGUAUCAAUCAAAUCUUUCACCUUCCUAUGUUGGAGAUCCAUUGAGAGUGGAGGUACCAUCUGAUAUGAGGGGAUUGCCAACUCCCGAAGCAUUAGCUAUUGUUGUUCGACAAGCACAACUUCUCAGUGGUCAUGCUACGUCUGCACUUGCUGUAUGUACUGUACUUUCUUAA